UCUAAUGGUUGAUCUCUCUCAUUUUCUAAAAAAAUAUUCCCCUGUAUGUCUUUGAUGGCAGAGUGUCAUUCGAUAUUAAUCAUUUUCUUUCUCUUGCUUAUCAAAAGUAGCACUGCUAAUGAUCACUGCGUGGAAGCAUCUUGUGGACAUAACCAACCUCUUAUUAGAUUCCCUUUUCAACUUGUCAAAGGUACACAAGAUCGAUGUGUUAAUCCAGAUUUUUGCCUAUAUUGUAAUGAAAAUAAGAAAACAAUGUUUUUCCUCCCAACAACUUGGGGUCCAAUGGAAUUCCUUGUGGUUGAAAUAUACUACAAAUUAGAAUGGAUUCUUGUUAUUGACCCUGAAUAUUGCAUCCCAAAGAAGUUCUUGAAAAUUCACAAUUCAUCAUUUUUACCAUACCGAUUUCAUUCAGAAUCCCAAACUACCAUAGCAUUCUUUAACUGCUCUUCUGUUGGGAAACAACACCUGAGAAACCAAGAUCAGUCAUUCCAAAAGUUACAAAAUAUGAUUACCUGUCCAAUUUACAUUUCAAGGUCCUCUGACAGUGUUCUUACGUGGGAUCUUGCAUCAUGUACCAAGAUGCUCGAUGUCAACACUCAUACUGCGGUAGAAAACUUAAGGAAGAAUUGGCUAAGUUUCAGUUGGCAAAAACCAAAUUGUUCUGUGUGUGCAGCAAAUGGCAAGAAAUGUAGAUGGAACAACGGAACCGAAGGUGGCACUGAAUGUUUUGACUGCGUCAACAAACGGAAAACAAUUCAUAUUCCAAAAUCUCUUAUUUUUGCAGCAACAGGUUCAAUUGUUUUGGGGUUGGUUACCAUUAUAUUUAUUAAGAUCUAUUUAUAUUUUAGAAAAAAAGAAGAAGAUCAAGUUAGAGUUGACAAGUUUUUAGAGGAUUAUAGAGCACAACAACCUACUAGAUUUUCUUUUGCUGAUAUAAAAAGAAUCACAAAUGGGUUUAAGGAAAAACUAGGAGAAGGAGCUCACGGAAAAGUAUUUAAAGGAAAACUCUCAAAUGAGAUUCUGGUUGCUGUGAAGAUUCUCAACAAUACAGAAGGAGACGGGAAAGAGUUCAUUAGCGAAGUGGGAAUUAUGGGAAAAAUCCACCACAUCAAUGUUGUUCGAUUGCUUGGCUUCUGUGCAGAGGGAAUUCAUCGUGUUCUUGUCUACAAUUUAUUUUCAAAGGGUUCGUUACAAAGUUUCAUAUUUCCUCCAGAUAACGAGGACCACUUCAUGGGGUGGGAGAUGCUGCAGAAAAUUGGUAUUGGCAUAGCCAGAGGAAUUGAGUAUCUUCAUCAGGGUUGUAGUCAUUCAAUCCUUCAUUUUGACAUCAACCCUCACAAUGUUUUGCUCGAUGACACAUUAACUCCAAAAAUUUCAGAUUUUGGUCUCGCCAAAUUAUGUUCCAUGAAUUGUAGUGUAGUGUCCAUGACAGCGGCUAGGGGUACCUUGGGAUAUAUGGCACCUGAAGUUCUGUCAAGAAAUUUUGGUAAUGUGUCUCUUAAAUCUGAUAUUUAUAGCUAUGGAAUGUUGUUGCUAGAAAUGGUUGCAGGAAGGAAGAAUAUAGACAUAAGAUCAUUAGAAACUUUCCAUGAUUUAUUGGAAGGAGACAUACAUAUCCACAUUGACGAUGAGUGUGAUUAUAAAAUUGCCAAAAAACUUGCAAUUGUUGGACUUUGGUGCAUUCAGUGGCACCCCGGAAAUCGUCCAUCCAUCAAAUCUGUCAUCCAAAUGUUGGAGACUGGAGAAGACAACCAAUUAACUGUGCCUCCUAAUCCUUUUCACCCGACGACUUCCAUUACCACUAGUGAAAGCCAUUUUCCAAGACAAAUUUUCCAAAUGGAAGUGAUUCAAGAAUAAGUAAAGACAAUCAUUUUAAACAAAUUUAUUUAAAUACCUUGUGAUUUAGAAGGUUGGGUAUGUGAAAAAAAAAAAGUAUCAGUUGUAUUUGUGGGAGUGGUAUGCUCAAAUUAUGGUGUUUAAUUUUUUUGUUCUUCUCGGGGAAUAAUUAUGUUGCUUCAAUUAAAAGUGAUUUUUAUGACCUACAAUUGAUGUUAAAUAUCAUGCUUAAGAAUAAUGCUGAUGUGGAGCCUUUAUUUAUUA